UAGACUACGAGGGACAGGAUAGAAUCUUCCCAAAAUUUCAUUCCAUUCCUAAGCAAAAUUAUAGCGACAAAAUAACAAAUUAUACAAUCCUUCAAUAAAUCAUCAUAUAAUUCAUAUUUUCAAUUUUGUUUUUGAAGAUAUAGGGAGAGAGAUACUGUGUGUGGAUUGAUUCAUCAAAUCGGAUUUCUAUUCUUCAACCAAUCAUACGGUUGAGAAUCAAUGGAUCUAGCGGUGGUUGGUCGACACGCGAUGCUGUUCGACGACGACGGCAUGGCGGCGUUCGUGAAUUCACCGGAAGCUCUCGUUGAUUGGAACUCUCUCUCAAUCGAUCGCUACGAUGUUCGACAUCUCCUCUCUGGUCCCAUUCCUCCUCGCCUCAAGCGCCGCCCUCUUCAUCCUCCGUCUUCUAUCGAAGCAGACCUUGAUCAUCAGCGUUAUCUCGAUCUUCCUUCAUCUCCUCCUCAUGAACAACCGCAAGGUAACCUAGUUUCUCUUCUUCUAGCAUCGUAUUUCUUUCUUGUAUAUUUUGUUUAUUCGCUGUUGUUUUAUGUUUAGUUUCUCUUUCAAUUAGCGUUGUUUAUACUGAAUCGAAUUUGUUGUUUUGAGUUAAUAGAGGUUAUGGUUUAUGAUAUUGCUUUAUGAUUAACACACGAGAUGAAUUGCAAACUUUUGCAAGAGAUGAACAUUGAUUAGUGGAUUAAAUGGAAGAUAGUCUGAUUAAUAAGGGUAGAGGAAGUUACAGGAAAAUUUUAGGAAAAUUAUUGUAACUGUUUCACUGAAAUUUGUUUUUGAUAACACUUACCUAGUGAAUUAGGCAUUAUGGUGUGAUUGUUAUGGUAGUGCUGUAGCUGGAAUAGUUGAAUGUUUGGUUAUUCGAAGAAGAACCGAUUGCAUGCACAUAUUCUUAUAUGCAAAAUAAUUUUAGAUUUAUCCACUUUAUUGUUAUACUGAAGUAUGGUCUUGGAUAGAAUAUUAUGGCAUUAUGAUGGAAGUUGAUACAUGUAGCUGACUCCACUUAGUGGGAUAAGACUAGGUUGUUGUUGUUGUUGUAUUGUUAGACCGAAGACUUUUGUAUUUUUAAUAUAUUUGUUUUCAAACCAAACUAGAAUGAACAAGUCUUUUUAAUUGGUUCUCACCUCUGUGACAAAUGGAUAUAUUUGCUUUAAAGUGUCAUUUAGUUGAGGGCAUGAUGUAACUAGGUGAUGGUGUAAUGUUGGCUGAUGGCCAUUAAGUCUGAUUUUAUUUUCAUGGUGGAUGUUUGGAGUUAGGGAAGCUUUUUUUACAACUUCCACUUAAGACUGUGUUUAGUUUUAUGUUUGUACAACAACAAUCUUUACAUUUGCAGGAUGCAAUCUAAUAUGCUACAGUUCCUGUGUCAGACUACAAGUAAGGAUGUUUUCAACUGGCUUCCAUUUUUGUUUUAGUUUCUUUGGUGGUAGUGCUAUUACUGUUUUAGGUGUAUGAUAUAAUUGCAGUUGAGAAUUGUAUGGGAUUCUGACGAAGAUGUCUUCUUUCUUUGUUUGUUUAGAUGAUGAUUCAGGUGCAGUGGAUUCAGCUGGCUAUCGUGCUGUUGCAUUUUCAUAUGAAAAUUCUAACGUGUCAACUGAGACAAAGGGCAAUGAUACUGAGUCUGGUUUUCGUCCCAACUUUCCAGUACCAGAAAGCUUACUUCAUAACCUGAUGCUUGGAGCAUAAACGAAGUUCUUGUGACUCGAGGUAGCCAUUCACAGGCCACCUUUUUUCCUUUUGAUAUCAUGAGAAGGGGCUGUGCAGGUGGGAUUAGGAUGGUAGAAAUUGUUGAUUGUUUGCCUCUCAAGAGAAAAUGGGAUGAAACAUAUCUUCUUAAAGCUCUAUUUCUUGAUCUUUAUGAUUAUUCAAGUAUAUAUGAGCCUCCAAAUGAGAAGCUACAUCAGAUUAUUUCAAGGACUGCAUUAUUUGUCAGCAAGCAUGGUAGCCAAUCAGAAAUUAUUCUGAGGGUGAAACAAGGAGAUAAUCCAACAUUUGGGUUCCUGAUGCCUGAUCAUCAUCUUCAUCCAUAUUUUAGGUUUCUUGUUGAUCAUCAAGAACUUUUGAAUGUCGAAAAAGUUGAUGUAGAUUCAGCAUUGGACAAGAAUAGAAGUCAGGUGCCGGAUCAAACAGGUGGUGCAUUGUCUUUGCUUGGAUCUGUCUAUGGAUAUGGAGAGGAUGAGGAUGGUACAACAGAAAAUACUAAUGACCUUGAGAGAAACACACAUGUGGGAGUUGUUGAUGUGGCUACCACUUAUGCCUCUACAAGGAUAGAACAGGCAGAAUCAUCCUCAGAUCCAGCCAAGAAUGAAAGCAUUUCUAAAAACCAAAUACCUUUUAAAGAAAAAGUUCCUGUUAUAAAGCGGAAUCAGUCUAUCGGUAAUGUUAAGACCAUAACUUCAGGAAAGGCAAAAACAGGAGAUAUCCUGGAUUCAGGGUCCAAUGCUGCAAAUAAAUCACAGACUUCUGUGCCCAGUACAGCUAAGAUUGAACUGCCUGUUGUUGAACCUCCAUCUGACAUAAGAAUAGUUAUUGAGAGGAUCGUUGAGUUCAUCUUAAAAAAUGGCAGGCCAUUUGAGGCCGUUCUUGCUGAACAGGAUCGUGCUCAUGGAAGGUUCCCAUUUCUUCUGCCUUCUAAUCAGUAUCACACUUACUAUCUGAAAGUUCUUCAAACUGCUGAAGAGUCUAAAUUACCAGGUAAGGGCUACCAAAAGUACAAUCCAGCUGGUCGUGCAAGAGAUAAUAACACUGCUGCAUAUGAAGAAAAUGACAAUAAAUUCAAAAUGAUUAUUGGCAAUUUAAAGAAGGAUGGUCAAGAGCCAACUCCCAAAGACUGCCAAUCUCAAACUACUGUUAACAUCCAUGCGGCGGCAGCUGCUGCUAUUCUUCAGGCAGCUACUAGGGGUAUUAAAAGGCCCAAUUUAGAAAUUCUCAGUAAGACGUCAAGUGGUAAUGGUCAAGGCUAUUGCAGUCUGAACGCAGAGACUAGUGCUUCUGUUCCAGUUGCCAAGGCUAUUGCAGAAAAAGUGGCUAUUGCAGCAGCAGGUGAGGCUGACUCCUCUGAAGCACAUAUGACUAAAGAGCAAAAGCUUAAAGCAGAGAGAUUGAAACGAGCCAAGAUGUUUGCAGCCAUGAUAAAAAGUGGAGCUGGAGCACUUAAAAGUGAACUGCCAAGAGCUUUAUCUCUUGAACCACCAGGCUCUGGGCUUUCAGGUUCAGAUGCUGAGAUUGGAAAUCUUGUGAAUAAAGAAAGGGAAGGAAGUUCUGUUCCAUUCAAUGCUGAUAACUCAGAUAAAAGUCAUAAGUCUGAAGAAAAGCUUUCUGAUAAUAAUUCAGAUAGAAGUAACAAGUCUGAGGAAAAACUUGUUGAUAAUAAUAUUGAAAGGCGAUCUAAAAGAAAGUACCGAUCAAGGUCCAGUAGACAUGAAGAAGAAGAAGAGGAGGAGGAAGAGGAAGAAGAAGAAGAAAAUAAAGAAGAUAUAAGGAAUCAGAAACGAUCCAGAAAAAAGCAUCGAUCACAUCGAUCUUCACACAGAAGUCGGGAUAGAGACUCAGACAGAGACAGGGAUAAAAUCAGGCGGAAGCACAAGAGAAGAGAUUCAGACAGAGAUAGGGACAGAAUCAGGAGUAAGCAUGAUAGCUCUUCCGACGAUGAGCACCAACACUUGAGGCAUCAUAGCAAAUAUGAUAGCUCCUCUGAUGAAAAGCACGGAUCUCCUAGACGACAUCGUGGAGAGAAUGGCUUGUCAGACCGUAAGCAUAGACAUUUGCGUAAACAUUAUAGUUCAUCUGAGGAUGAGCAUAGACACCGACACCUAAGCAGAAAGAUAAAGCAUAAGAGCAGGAGGUCUCAUGCUGAAAGAGAGGCUGAGUUGGAGGAGGGGGAGAUAGUGAAAUCAGACAAGUCGCAAGUAAGCGAACUUGGGCGAGUUAGCAGGGAGGCUUCUGCUGAGUUAUAUAAGUCUACAAAAGCACCAUCUCAAUCACCUGAAGUAACUAAUGUUUCUGAUGAGCUUAGAGCCAAAAUUAGAGCCAUGUUGAUGGAAAAUUUGUAAAACCAAAAUUGGGCUCUUAAUGUAUUUUUAGUCUAAUAAUAUUUUUAAUGAUUUGUUCAGCUAAAUACAAACAGUUAAAAGUUUUUCAAUCUAUAUGUUUAAAUUUAUAAAAAUUACACUACAUUGAAGUAUUA